AUGGAUGAUUUUUGUAUAUAUGACGAUCAAAAAUUAGCAUUCAUCAAUUAUAAUUGGCUACUCAAUGAUUUACCACAUUUAGAUAAUCUAAACAUUAAUCAAAAUUCUCAUCAUUUAUUAGUAACGACUGUCACAAGUAAUAGUAGUUCAGGUGUUGUUACUAGUUCAUCAGUAACGUUGUGUAGUGGUGGUAUUGGUGAAACGGGCAAAAAUCAAACAGCCAGUGGAGUAGUACCAACACAUAAGAAGAAAAUUAUGUCAGUAGUGUAUCGAUAUUAUUUACGAACAAAACGUUUUUAUCGUACUUAUUGUCAAACAAAAUCAAGACUAAUUCGAAUACUAAAAAUAAUAUGUAUUAUCGUUAUUACUCUGCUGAUUAUGAAUUUAAUCAAUGUAACAUUGUUUAGUACUAUUUUUUUUACACAAGACGAUACUCAUGAAACAGAUUAUGAUCACGAUACUCGUCCCCAUUAUAAACAAAUUGAAACCGAGAAACGUUUUGACUCAUCAGGAAAUUAUUUAAUCGUAACAAAUUUUCUAAAAUAUCGUAGUAAAUCUACAAUUCGUACAGAUUUAUUAUCAUUAAAUUUACAUUGUAACGUUGAACAAUUAAAUUUGCUCGUAUUAUAUGCUAAAUUAUGGCCGAAUCCGAUCAGUAUUGCAUUAUAUAUUAAAGGAACAAAAGCAUCAAAUCAUAUUGAUUAUGCAUCAAUGUGGCUAAGAUGUAAUAGAAAAAUAUUUAAGCAUUUAUCUGUACAUCUAGUCAUAUCAGCAACAGCUUAUGAAAAAUCACUCUCUGGUCAACAACAUUCUCGUGACGUUAAAUAUGCUAUGAAUUGUGCACAUAUUCGUUAUGUUAAUCAUACUGAUGACAUGGAUACAACUCCUUAUCCAAGCAAUCUCUUAAGAAAUGUUGCGCGUCAGGGUUUCAAUGUUUCCUACCAUUUAACUCUCGAUAUCGAUAUUAUUCCAUCUCCCGAUUUAUUUCACGAUCUAUUUCUCUUUCUUACAUCCAUUGACAGUCAAGAAAAAUUAAAUCGUACCGUCUAUGUUUUACCCGUGUUUGAAAUUCAUUCGAAUAUCUUAGAAAUACAACCGUUACCUCAGAAUAAGCGUGAAUUAAUACUAUCGUGGAAUGAUAAACAAAUUCAACCGUAUAAAACGAAUAUUUGUCCACAAUGUCAACUGUUAACAAAUUAUACGGCAUGGAAAGAAGCUGUUGAAAAUGAUCAAGUUAUACCGCUGUUUAGACCACACUAUUCAACACCAUGGGAACCUUUGUAUGUUGGACCGAUUGAUGUGCCACAAUAUGAUCAACGAUUUAAACAACAUGCACACGCUAGGAUUAGUCAAUGUUGUGAAACCUAUCUGGCAGGUUAUGACUAUGCAGUGUUAAAUAAUGUGUUUUUAUAUCGUAAAGGUUUUUUUGAUAAAAAUGAGGUGCAAUCAACAGAAUUAAUUGAUGAUGAAACAUCAAAAUUGUUGUACGAACAAUUCAAAGAAGAUAUUCGUUUUCGAUAUCCAAAUGCAUCUAGAAAAUGUUAA